AUGAGAUAUAAAUAUUCAUUAUUUAUUAAUCAAGAAUUUUCAAUCUUAUCAACAGUUCAUUGGUUAUUUUCAUCUUUGAUAUUACUUUUAAUGUUAACGAUACAAACAAAAGGAUAUGCAGUAUACAAUAAUGGAGUUCUAAUACAAGGUUUGAAGUUUACUGAACCAUGUCCAGAACGUGGCUACGACUUUAAUGAUCCUACUGGGAAUUUUAUGUGUGUAGUACCAACACCAAAAGAAUGUUUUAGUUUAUGUCAAAAUAUGGGAUGUACAGAAUGGAAUCAUAUGAAUUUAAUUCCAUCAGGUAGUGAAGAAGUUAAACGAUAUCAUAGAUGUCGAUGCUUUCCUGAAUAUAAUAUGUGCUUUUAUAAUUAUGUACCUAAAAUACAUCGUAAUUUUGAUUAAUUGUAUCCUCCUAUAUAUAUAAAUACAUGUAACUUCAGAUAUUCAUUGAAUGAAACAUAUCUAUUAC